AUGAUGCGACGGUGACGCGAGCCCCGCGUCCGCCACGGCCGGGACCGUCACGGUGUUGCUAUGGCAACACCGCCUGCCGGGUCAGGGGGUCACCGCGCGGCCUGGUGACAUCUGAGCCCCCUUGGUCUACGUCUCCCCAGAGGAGCUCACGGAGAAUCCGCACGGUGUUGGUGGAUGUGGUGAUGGAGAACUACGAGCUGGUCACUUCACUGGGCUACCCGGUUCUCAAGCCUGAUCUCCUGUCUCGGAUUGAGCGUGCUGGAGAGCAGUGUGUUGGCGAUCAGCUGGACUCUAGCAGAGGGAUUCCAACAGAUCCCUGCCCAGGCUACCGUUUUUUCAAACCCGAGAGCUUGUCGUGGAUUGAGCGGUGGGAGGAGCUUGGCGUCACAGACCGUCAGAAGCUGGAGGAAGGCAAGCUGUGCACGGGCUCCUGUCAAGGAGCAGCUGGGCGCGGCAAGGCCAUCAAGGAAGAGGAAGGCGGCCAGAAGGGCUUUGUGGCCAGCUUGGAGCGCUACCAGCUCUUCCCGGACAGCUCACGCGCAGGGCUCUUCCUGGCCCCCAGCGCCGCGCAGCUGAGGAGCCAGCCCCGCGUCAAGAAGGAGGAGGCCGCCGCCUCGUGCGAGCCCAGCCUCUGUGGCCCGGGCCGCCCGUCCCAGGGCCUGGGGUCGGGGCCGUUCGCCUGUGUGGUGUGCGGCAAGUGCUUCCGGCAGAAGCAGGGCCUCAUCACGCAUGGGCGGAUCCACACCGGCGAGAAGCCCUACCCGUGCCUGGAGUGCGGCAAGCGCUUCCGCCAGCGCCCCAACCUGCUGACGCACCAGCGGGUGCACACGGGCGAGCGCCCCUUCCCCUGCCUGCGCUGCGGGAAGCGCUUUAGCCAGAAGGCCAACCUGGCGGCUCACCAGCGCACCCACGCCGUCCAGGAAGGGCUCAUCACCCCCGAGCCCAAGGUGCCCGUGCCGCGGGGGAGCCGCCAGACGGAGAAGCCCUUCCCCUGCAACGUCUGCGGGAAAAGCUUCAGCCAGCGGCCCAACCUCAUCACCCACCAGCGCAUCCACACGGGUGAGAAGCCCUUCGCCUGCACCGAGUGCGGCAAGCGCUUCAACCAGCGGGCCAACCUCAUCACCCACCGGCGCAUCCACUCGGGCGAGCGCCCCUUCCCCUGUGCCACCUGCGGCCGGCGCUUCAGCCAGAAGGGCAACCUCGCCGCGCACCAGCGCACCCACUCGCAGCAGCGGCCCCACGCCUGCCCCUGCUGCCCCAAGCGCUUCAAGGGCGAGUCGGCGCUGCGGGCACACCAGAGGACCCACCGGCAGGUCUUGGGCACGGAUCCUCUGGCCGGCACCCUCUUGGCAGCCCCCACCCUCCAGCAGCCCCUGCAGGGGGAUCCGGCCGCCGCCGUUGCUGCUGCCGCCGCCGCUGCCGCCUCCGUAGCUGCACAGCGAGCAACGCCAGCCCCCCGCCAGGAGCUGACUGGGGAGCCUCCUCCAGGCGUCCACCGGCCAGCUCCGCCUGGGCCACAUGGAGCCCCCCACGGGCAAAGUCUUCCCGCGGACCCUCCGCCCGGCCCCCACACCGCAGGCCCGGCUGGGCACCUCCAAGGCGUGGCCCCCGGCUCCGAGCAAGGGCCGAAGCUCAGCGCCCCUCCGGCGGGCAUGGAUCCCCACGCAGAGCUGCUCCAUUGUCAGCGCCGGCUGAGCCUGCCCGCGCUGCCCACCUCCAGCGCCCAUUCCGUGGUGCCCAUGGGGCAGCCCCAGCCGAUCACCACCAAGCCGAAGGGCCUCGCUGGGCCCCGGCCCACUGCCGUGGAGGCUCCGAGCGAGAUGCUUCACUGCCUCUGCCACGCCAGCCGGGCCUCCUUGGUCAUUCCUCACCCGCCGCAUCUUGGGCAGCUGCAGCCGGGCAGCAGAGAUGCCCCUGGCCGAGCCUGGCUGGGCAUCCCUUGCCCCACACGCACCCUCCAGCUCCAGCAGGGGGCUCAGAGCCAUCCGGCCGCCCCCAACCCCAGACUGUGUUCCAUCCCGGAUUCCCUGCGAUAGCUUCCCCCCCGCAAAGAUGGGCACUGUGCAAGCACAGACUAUGUGGGGCUGGGCUCCCUCUGGACCCCGCAGACACAGCCCUUUGGGGGCAGGCAAUGGGGCUCAUGCAUGUAUCGUGGACAGGAGAGCCCUUAGCCUGCGUCAGCCCCCUCUCGGGACGUCCGUGAACCCUCUUUCUCCCUUGCAUCUCCUGGCAUAGGACUGGCAUGGCCAUUUGGGGAACCAUCCGAAAAGAUCGUGGGGUUGUUUUUUUGUUUUUUUGCAAAGGCACCAGGUGUGGAGCUCGCACAUGAUGGGGAGCCCAGAGCCCCAGGGGGUGUAUUGUGCCAAGUGUAUUCCUUCAUCCCAACACUGCAUCAUCUCUCUCUCCCCUCCCCCCACGCCCCCCCUCCGGAACCAGCAGGACCAGGCAGCUCAUCCUCCGUGCAACGGAGCUCUGUCGAGGGAAAGACCGGCCCAGAACCGGCAGCAUCUGCGGCCUCUGGGCCGGCAGCCAGUGGCCUUGCCGCUGUGCCCGUCCUAGUUCCCCUCGCUUCCUUGGAAAGGCGAUAGUAGAGGAUUCCCCUCCUCCCCUGUCCCUCGGCAUGCCUGCUGCUCUCCGUGUGCAGAUCAAGUUGCAGCCGGAAGCUUGUCCGUGGGUUCUAGAGCCAGCGGGCCCAGAAGAAGUUGCCGUGAAGAUGCAGCCCGAGAUGACCAGAGGGCAGAUGGCUGAGCUGCUUCGGGUUGAAGCACCCCUGGGCUCGCUUGGGGGACUUGAAACAUCCUUCCCAACCCGGCCCCUGUUCCUGAUGCGCUCGGGCAAGUAUUGACUUAAAUGCGCACCACGUAGAAGAAAUGUGCGAUUGGAACCCAAUCAGAGCAGCUGCUGCUGCAGAAGCCAUCUUGGCAACCGAACUUUCCUGGAAGAAAGGGGCGAGGGCGAGGGCGGGCCGUGCGGACUAGUGCCAAGCUCCAAAUGGUGAACAAGCGCCACAGCGUCCGUCACGACCCUGCGCCCCGUGAGCUCCGUCAAGGGCCCAGCGGACUCCAGCGUGUUGGGAUGAGGAAGGCCUGCUGCCUUAUGGGUUCAGCCUGCUCUGCCCGCCUGUGAAUCGGGGGCCCAGGGCGGAGAACCAAGGCAGCUGCAUCUCCAGAGACGGUGGGAGGAGGGGGGGAGUUGGAUGUGCUUCAAAAGCAACGUGCUGCUCCAGAACUGUCCCGAUCCUGCCAUGGGCUGAGUGGGACUGAACUCCAAGAGUUGACGAGAACCAUACCAGAAGCAAAGCUGCCCCGAGAGCUGCACUCUGCCUUCUUUCUUGCCUGCAGCGGCCGUCCAGCCAGCCAGCCAGCUCUGUGCAGGUGCAGCAUGGGGGAGCGAACGCCACAGCGGUGCCUGUGCUGCACAGCAGUGCAGAAGUCCCCCUCCAAAGCACGAGUGCAGCAGCAGCAGCAGCAGCAGCUAGCUAGCAAGGGCCCAGGCACGCGAGGUGAGCUAUGGCAGCAUUGACCAAAGAGGAGGGCUUGUAGGUGGGACUGGCA